AGGGAUGGAGUAGAUCAUCAACGUGACUAUGUGAAAAUUGCUGUUGUUACUGAUCCUCAGCUCAUGGAUAGAACCUCUCUUCAUCUUGCCCCGAAAUCCCUUGCACUUGAAGCUGCUCAGUUCUAUACAGAUUUGUACAUGCGCAGGGCAUUCCUAUCUUCUAUUUUACCUUUCAAACCAGAUGUGAUUCUGUUCUUAGGUGAUUAUUUUGAUGGUGGGCCUUUUCUGUCUGAUGAAGAAUGGCAGGAAUCCUGGAGCCGGUUUAAGCAUAUAUUUAACAUUGACAUGCUUGAGCAAACGGCAAACAUAAAGCUUUACUACCUUGCUGGAAACCAUGAUAUAGGGUAUGCUGCUUUUCACUCGCAUAUGCCAGAGGUUAUCAGACGCUAUGAGAGAGCAUUUGGUGCAAGGAACUAUCAAUUUACAGCUGGAAAAGUAGAUUUCGUCGCAGUCGAUGCACAAACCUUGGAUGGGAAUCCCCAAAACAAUGUAACCUCUGCCACAUGGAAUUUUGUCAAAAAUGUCUCAGAGCAUCCAUCUUCGAAUCCAAGGGUUCUAUUGACUCAUAUACCAUUGUAUCGGCCAGGUCUAACUGCAUGCGGUCCAUAUCGUUUAUCAUCAACCAUUAAUCAGAGAAUCAACCGUGCUGCUCGUGAUAAUGAAAUAUUAUAUCAAAACUAUAUUACUGAAAACGGAACAAAUGACCUGCUUGAGUCUAUCAAACCUGCACUAAUUCUUUCUGGGCAUGACCACGAUCAGUGUACGGUAACCCACAGAUCCAAAUAUGGUUCUGUAAAAGAGCACACUCUAGGGACCAUAAGCUGGCAGAUGGGAAAUCUGUUUCCAUCUUUCAUGCUCUUAUCUGCAAGUAAUCUUAUCUUACCGGCCGGAUCAAUGCCAGAGGAGGCAAUUUCCACCAAAGUUUGCUUUCUCCCUGUGCAGACAUACAUUUAUAUUUGGUAUCUAGUGCUGUUUGUCAUGACCGUUCUUAUUGCCGUCCUGUGGCCAACAAAUGGGGUGCUCUUUCCACACUAUCUUGGUGAAUUUCUGAAGAAUAUAAGAAGUCUAAUUAGUUCUAGCUUUUCUGGAGGUGGGACAAAACUUAAAAGCGAAGAUGAGAUAUAUGAAUAUGAGGAGAUUUGGGAUGCAGAAGGAUCAAUGCACCUCAUAAAGAAAACCUUUAAAGUUUCUUCUGCAUGCUCAAGCGAGAGCGCUUUAGUAGAACGGUAAGUUUCCUUAGAGGACCAGUCUCAUUGCUUCAACUGCAGUGGGUAACUAUUUCUAUUCACUUAAGCAUGCUUGUGUAACUCAUACCUCAACAUUCAUUCAAGCUUCUGGAAGUUGCCUCCUAAAUGAUGAACACCACAACCUUGUUAGAUAACAA